CCCAGGAGCGUGUGGGUGGACGUGUCCUAUGGCAGAAAGGCCCAGACCUCGGCCGCCGGUAGGGGUCUGAGCCGAGCGAUGGGGGCGACGCGAGAAGCCUCUCGGACCUCGUCUCAGCCCGAGCUCUCAGCGGGGCCGCGGCGCACCUUGCACAACUCACUCCACUUCUUCUGGAGGAAGCCCGAGCCCCACCAUGGACCACGCACGGCCGACCCGCGGCGGGCGGCCAGGCGCAAGGGUCCCGGCCGAGCCGGAGCCGCAUCCCCCUAUGCCGCCUCGGCCCGGGCCUCCCGCUCCGCCUCCUCCCGCGCCGAGGCCUCCCACUCCGCCGCGCCCGGGGCCACCGCCUCGGCCCCCAGCCCCGCCCCGCCGCCAGGCUCCGCCUCCCGCCCCAGCCUGAGCCCAGCCCCGGGCCGCCUUUCCCGCUCCAGCCGCCGCGCGCUGGCCGUGGCGUGCGCGCUCGCCUGGCCAGCCUUCCGGAGGUCCUCUCGGCCCCGCCGUCAGUACGCCGGUAAGAUGGCGGCGCCCAGCGAGCCCACGGACUUCCCUCGCAGCCGUGCCUUCUCCUUCCUGCCCCGCGGCGCGCGCUCCGACAUGACCGAGGACUUGGUGACUGACGCGCGGGGCCGUGGCACAGGGCAUAGGGACGCCGCCGCCUCGGCCCCGGCCCCGGCUUCGGCCUCGGCCCCGGCGCCGCAAGGUUCGGAGCUCGGGAAGCGGCCGUGCCGGGCCUGCGUGGACUUCAAGUCGUGGAUGCGGACGCAGCAGAAGCGGGACACCAAGUUUAGGGAGGACUGUCCACAGGAUCGGGAGGAAUUAGGUCGCCACACCUGGGCUUUCCUCCACACGCUGGCCGCCUAUUACCCGGACAUGCCCACCCCAGAACAGCAGCAAGAUAUGGCCCAGUUCAUACAUUUAUUUUCCAAGUUUUACCCCUGCGAGGAGUGCGCGGAAGACAUAAGGAAGAGGCAGGAACCAGCCAGACACACGCACUCGGGUCUCCUUCAGCCAGUGGCUGUGCCGCCUGCACAAUGAGGUGAAUCGGAAGCUGGGCAAGCCUGCUUUUGACUGUUCGAGAGUAGAUGAGCGAUGGCGUGACGGCUGGAAGGACGGCUCCUGCGACUAGAAGAUGUCGUCAGCAGAGCAUGUGGGGCACCUAGCCAAGCUCCACGGGCAGCCGGCUAGAGAGGGACGGCCUAUGAUUAAAGUGUAUCUGAGCCAAAGUUUGUUUGGGUGGUGGGGGGAGGGGUCCCUAGGACACUGCCAAUGGGAACCCUCCCCACGGGAUUAAGAAAUGGAGGAGGUGCCCACUGCAGACACUUUGGUGGCCUCAGCUAAAGCCCCAUGGGACCGAAGAUGAGAGGGGCAGUGGUCCAGGCGGCCUCAUACCCUUUAUAAUGCAGCCUCAGCCGCUUGCCCAUUACACACUUGGGACGCGGUUGCCCUGUAGGAAGAUAGGCUAGACCAUUGCCAUCCUACUGCAUAUCCAGGGGUGCCUACAGAAUUGUGACCGAGGCCGCUCUGUGACAUUUCAGAAUUGAAGCAUGGUACCGAGCUGUCUAUGCUAUACUCUGUCCCCAGCUCUAGUAGGGUUCUUCUCUUAGGGUGUACCCACCAUACUGCCCACUGCCUGCCUGGCACAUGGUCUUCCACAGCUAUGACAUGCCUGUCAGCAGGUGAUCCUGAACAUCUGCUUCCUUAGAGUUUGAGACCAAAAUAAAAUGAAGUGACUUAGG